CGCAGACUGUCGAUGCUCCCCCUCGCUCCCACCGGUCACUUCUCCGGUCUCUCUGUCUCGAGCGGUGAUUUGAUAUAUACAGCGAUUUCAUCAUGGGCAAUGUCGGAAGCCGCCUGGAUGACUCCGGGAAUCUGUACUUCAAAGAUCAAACAAAAUUCACGAUUGCUGCCGUAACGAUAACAAAUUCCAAACGCCGAGUGCUUCUGCAUCUCGUUCCAAACUCCUUUCCUGCUACCAGAUAUACCGCCAGACGCGAGGUUGGCGAUGAAAGCCCGAUUGAGUACAUACAGGACCCAGAUCUUCCUCCAUCAGCACCGAUGCCAACAUUCCUCUUGCGCCUAAACAACGAGGACGACCUGAUUUUCAAUUUCACUUUCAUCCUGAGACAAACACAGACAGGAAACGUCGCGAAUGCCACUGUCAACGGGGUCUCUACGUCUCUGCCUGAAGUAGCCGACACUGUCCUCACAGGUCUCACCUUCGCGCACGCCCCUAACACCAGAGAUUUGGACAAUCUAAUCACACGCGAAUUUCACGCCAACCCAAAUCUUCAGAACAAUUCUAAUGUACAGCUGGUGGGAGAUUUUUCGACGGGAGGCAGUCCGUCCGUUCAAUUUGAUUGGUCUUGGAAAUGGAAACCGCCGAAAGUCAUAGAGGAUAAAGGGGGUGGCUGGAGGAAUAGCUGCAGUUUCCUUGACUACGAUCAGAGAGCCAAUCGGUUGAAUACCCUUGCCCAUUUCUCAUUCUGGGUACACAGCACUCAGCGCGCUCUCCCCAGUCCCCAGAUUAUGUCACCAAACCUAGAACUUCCCGUUCCGUUCCGAAAUCGUAUUCCAUCCUCGCAGUCCAUCAUAUCGCACUCCAGUGAUGCAGAUACAACGUCCAACCCCCAUGCAGUGCCCGUUACUCCACCAGAGGCUCGCGACACGGCUUCCGUGCCAGCUCUUGGGCCUGUACCUCUCACUGUCAAAGUUGAUCUUCCUCACUCGCGCCCGGGAGAGGACAUGAGCGUGGUUGAAGAUGGCCCGUUGUUCCGUGCGACGAUGAAAGCAUUGGAGCAGAAGACAGGGAAUAUGCGAGCAAAGAUAAAAAAGGUUCUCAAGAAGGCGGAGGCCGCCCAGCAAGCGCAAGCGGCCUGCAAUGAUGCUGUAGAAGCAUUUCUCUCCGCAUUGAACGAAGCCUCUACUUCUAAUGCCAACGCAAUUCAGCCUGCACUUGAUCAUUAUUUCGAAAAAACGGCACGCCAGAUCUUGCAAUAUGAACGACUCAAUACGACUCAGCUUCAGAAACUCGUUAUCGAGCCGUUGGUCAAACUCUACAACAAUGAUAUCAAACAAGCCGAGGCCAAGAAGAAAGAAUUCGAAGAAGAAAGCAGGGAUUAUUAUGCAUACGUCAGUCGCUAUCUCGGCCAGCGACAGGAUUCCCUAAAGGAAAAGAAAAGAGCGGAGAGUGACUCGAAGUAUCAGGCUAAGCGGCGUAACUUCGAAUUGAAACGCUUUGAUUACUCCUCGUUCAUGCAGGACCUGCACGGGGGUCGCAAAGAGCAAGAGGUUCUUUCUCACCUAACGAAGUAUGCUGAUACCCAGGCGAAGAGCUUUCUUGCCGCCGCUAAGAAGGUUGACGAUAUGAUCCCUCAAUUGGAUGCUCUGAUCCACGAAGUCAGCCAGGCGGACAAAGAAUUUCAGUUUCAACGGACCGAGAGGGAGGAAAAGCGCAGGGCACUAGAGAAGAGCAGCAACACGUAUCUUGAACCCGAGACUCUCAUGUCUUCGGGCGCACCGUCGACACAGUCAGGAAAUACCAAUGGUACCCAGAAGCUGGAAAGUGACCUGGGUCGCGCAGAUAGCACAGGCUCCCAGCUGAGAAGCGUGGCUAGCAACAACUCAUCUAUUCUUCCGCAAGCGAACUCUUCUUCUACUCCUUCAGCAGGAUUGUCCGCCCUCGCUUCAACAGUAGGCUCGACCGGUCAACAGAGGAAGGAGGGCCUCCUGUGGGCGCUGUCGCGUCCAGGCUCCCACAUUGACCCUAAAGGUAUAAACAAACAAGCCUGGCACAAGUUCUGGAUCGUUCUAGACCAGGGGAAACUGUCAGAAUAUAGCAAUUGGAAACAGAAGCUUGAUCUUCACAUGGAUCCCAUCGACUUGAGAAUGGCAUCUGUCCGAGAGGCACGAAACGCAGAACGUCGGUUCUGUUUCGAAGUCAUAACCCCACAGUUCAAACGCAUCUACCAGGCAACUUCCGAGGAUGAUAUGUCCAAUUGGAUUAGAGCGAUAAACAAUGCUUUGCAGAGUGCGGUCGAGGGCCGCGGCAUGUCGCCACCACCCAUUGCCACCGAUAAUGAUAGCGCUUCUUUCGGUCGUGAUAUUGGAUCUGUAUUGACCGGCAAGAGUACCUCGUACUCUGUUCAGCACUCUCAAUCAACCGGCUCCAAUAACAGUGUCACCCGUCGCACUACUGUAGGCGCAAGACCAAGCUACGUUCGCGAUGGUUAUGGAUUCGAGGAGAACCCUUCAAAAUUGCUCCAGGCAGUACGCGAGGCGGAUGAAGGCAACAAUUGGUGUGCAGAUUGUGGCUCCACGUCCAAGGUCGAAUGGGUGUCUAUCAAUCUAGGAAUUGUUUUGUGCAUCGAAUGCAGUGGCAUUCAUCGAUCACUUGGGACUCAUAUUUCCAAAAUCCGAUCUCUAACGCUGGAUGUAAAUUCUUUCUCGAACGACAUUGUUGAAAUCCUCUUGCAAAUUGGCAACCGUGUCAGUAAUAUGAUUUGGGAGGCAACACUUGACCAGGUGCAUAGACCAACCGCGGCGUCCACUCGGGAGCAAAGGUUGAGAUUUAUUACGGCCAAGUAUAGCGAACGAGCAUUCGUGCAGGCGCUGCCUUCUCCGCUAUCUCGCUUUGCUACUGCGGACGAGACUCUUCUCGCUGCGAUCAAGAAGAAUGACAUCCAAGGCGUACUUUAUGGCAUCGCCCUACGCGCCAAUGUGAACGUCACUGAUCGUUCUCGUAAUACCCACGCGGUAUUUCUCGCCCUAGCUGCAGCUGAUCCUGCAUCACCGGGGUCGACCUCAAGUUCAUCAGCUCGACCACCCACAGGUCCUCCUGUGAAAGUCAUUCCGUUCCCGAUUGCGGAGAUACUCGUCCAGAACGGAGCUGAAAUCCCUCUGCAACCACCGCCUAUACCCCUUUCGCCAGCUGCUCAACUAUACCUAAGUCAGAGGACCGCAAGAGUGUCAACAUUUGGCAAUACACCCGCUGCUCCUCCGAACGGAAAGAGUGCAACGGAAAGUCAUGGUUCACUGCCAACGCUGCGAGGCCCGGGCACCGAUAGCAGUGUCGUAUCUUCCUCACAGGCUCCAAGCUCACUAGACAGUAAGGAACGUGAGAGAUUGCACAAAAGAGGCAGUGCUGGUGCUAGGUUUGCUGGAAAGGUCGCCUCGCUGGGUAUAGACCGAUAGGCAAUCCUCCUUCUCCUUCUCUAUGUUCCCGUCUAUAUCCUUCUCUUAAUCUUAAUUAUAACGAAGCCCUUGUAGACAGAGUACGAUGCUGAGCUUAGUCAAGUGUUUACAGCGCCGAUGUCCAGCUUGCAGAAUGACUGUUAUGCCACUUCCAAGAACGCUUACACUGUUUUCACAGCCUCUUUUUCAUAUCACAUCACAUUCCU